UGUGCCAGUGACAGGACGGAGGAGCAGACCGAGCACGGGAGAAAGUUGCAGGAUGAAGCUGUUUCUGCUGCUAAUCGCAGUGGGUGUAGCGCUUGCGCGAGGUGUACCCGAGGAAGAGCGCGAGAAGAGACAGGCCGGCUACUACCAGGGCCAGGGAGUGACGCGAGGACCGCAGAUCAAGCAGUUCGCCGCGACGCGGUUUCCAGGUGUGGGGGGGCCGUCGCCGCAGGGGUUUCGGGCAGCGCAGGUAGACGAAGACGAUGAAGAGGAAGUGGUGAGCCGAAACACAGUGGCUCCGUCCCCCGGCCCGCAGGCGCUGCUCCUCGUGCGACAGUCGCACCCCACGCCCCAGCCCCAACCCAUCUACAGGAGGCCUGUAGCUACAGACAACAGCAGGGACUACCAGCAGACACAACCGGUUCGCCGCCCACCGCCCCAGCAGCAGGGAGGUCGCGGAGGACAGUAUGCCGCUCAGCAACUACAGGAGGAAGAGAUCGAGAAGGAAGAGGAGGAGCCGGACCGCCUGUCCCUGCUGCUGCCGCAGUCCAAGUUCGACUGCACCGCGAAGAAGACAGGUUACUACGCUGACGACGGGCUCAACUGUGAGGUGUUCCAUUACUGCCAGGACAACGCUCGGCACUCGUGGAUCUGCCCCGAGGGCUUCGUCUUCCACCAGGUGCACCUGAUCUGCAUGCCGCCCAGCGGGGAAAACAUCUGCCAGCAGUCCUCGCAGUACCACUUCGUGAACGACUACUUGUACCGACCGAUCAACGCAGAGGAGGCGCAGACCAAGCCGAAUGUGACACUGCGCUACUCGGACCGCUACUACCCCGACUCCUAUUAUGAUCCCGCGGAGGAGCAGCCGCGUCCCGUGCCCGCCGCCGCGACUCCACCACGGGCCAGGCCUGUCCAGGUGCAACAGCCCACUCUACGCCCAGUGCAGUACAGGCCGCAGUCGCCUAGCAACCAGGUCUUCCACUCCCCUGAAGAAGUCAACAUUCCCCUUCAGCAGCGUCGCCCCGCACAGCCGCCUCCACCGCGGAACUUCCAGGUCAAGGAGGACGACUUCGAGUACGACGACGCGCCCUUUAGAGGGUAGAAAUGCAUCUCCACCCACUCGCUUACGCCGGCUUCCAUUUCCGCAGGGGCGGGUUCCUUCUUGUGGAGCGGAGCCAGAGCGCCUGGGGCGCCUCCCUGCCACUUCUCUUCAAGACGUAGACGCGAAACAUAAAGUUCUGGUAGCUUGUUUAAUUUCCGACCUCUUAUGAUGGAAGUGUCAGUCCCCUUAAUUAAUUAUGUGCGUUCUAUAAGUUGUUUGCGGUUCAAUUCUGCAUUCAAAAGUGUAAAACUAUCGUUAGGUAACGACAGCGGCUUCAGAGCCUGGAGCUGCCCUCCAUACCGCCCCAGUACUUUCAUUUGAAGACUAUACACUGAUAGGAACCGCCACAGAAACAUACACAGGUAUUCCCGUCUUGCCUGAUUGCCAUUACGAGGCAAUGUCAGAUGGCACUAACGCAGAUACUUGCUGGCGCGCGGCCAUCCAACGGACAGAGUCUGUGCGACCUGCAGCUUAGUCCAUCUACCCUAAGCAGAAGUCGGUGAUGAGGAUAAUCCGCAGUUUUAGUGUGCAGCAUGUGAACCACUGCAGUCGACAACCGUUUCUCAUACAUGGAUAAGCCGGCAGAGUUUGAUUUCAGGGCAGCAUCUGCAGUGGACAAUUAGUAGCGAACACUGGUUAUUUAUCACCAUUACUCAUCAGUGCACGAACAGUUCUGUGUAUAAAUGGGCCAUUUUAUGUAAUAAAACUCAAAUCGUUCGUGA